AUGGAUAAGCAGUGCAGUCGCAGACGCUUUGCUCAUAUACGGAUCUUCAAAAGCAUCAGAAACGUCGAAAUUCUUAGCAGAGUUCAUCACCGGAAUCUUGUGAGGAUACUGGGGUACCACAUUGGGGAGACCGAAGAACUUAUUGUGUUUGAGUUUAUGGCUAAUGGAUCACUCGACCACCACCUGCAUGGCAAUGCUUGCACAUCACCAAUUGGCUGGGAAAGAAGGCUUCAGAUGGCAAUUGAUGCGGCAAAGGGUCUGGCAUAUCUUCACCAUGAUUGCUAUCCGAAAGUGGUGCAUCGUGACAUCAAAGCUUCAAAUAUUCUUCUUGAUGCAAACAUGAAUGCUCAGGUUGGUGACUUUGGCCUGGCACGCUUUUUUGGUGUUCUACUGCUGGAGCUCCUUACAGGGAGACAGCCUGUGGAUGUCACAGCUUCGACUUUUCAAGGCCAAAGUCUUGUAGAAUGGGCGUGGCAACAGACAAUUGGAGCAGAGACCAUAAAAGAGAUUCUGGAUCCACAACUGAACAAUGUGUACAACGCUGAUGAGGCUCUGUGCAUGUGGCGUGUUGCUCUGGACUGUGUAAAUCACAUAGCAAAGAAACGACCAACAAUGGAUAAGGUUGCCAAGCUACUCCAAGAUGCGAGAAAAGAGGAACACAUGGUGCAUGGGACAGAUUCAGCAUCAGUUACUGGUGAGGUUGAGUGGAGCCACCAGCUGGACAUGCUGAAGCAAGCAAAUGCAGCCAUUAGUCCUACCACGGAGUGGCCGCGUGUGGAGGUGCAGAGUGGUAUUGUCUCUGAGAAUGAGACUGUUGAGUGGAGCAGUCGAUUGGAGAGGCUGAGAAAAGAGGCUCAUUAG